GUUGUAUCAACUCAUUCAGCCUAAUCUCGUCUACAUUAUUAAAAUCUCUUUUCAUUUGACCGUCGACCUCAAAGAAAUCCAGGUCGGAAUGAACUUAGUCCUCUUCAUUUUGAAUCAAUGAAUAAUUUGGAAUUUCUCCUCUGCUCUUAUACCAAACAAACAUAAAUUGCGAAGUUUGUGGCCGCCUCAAUUAUCUGAGAGGUUUGAAAAUGGCGGCUUUGAACGCCUCUGUCAUCCUCAGUUAUAAACCCCAAUUUGGGAUUAAAGGCACUCAGUUUCUGCAACAUAUCAAUAGCAGCACCUCCACCAUUAAAGCACAGCCUAUUUUAUCUUCCGUCACCUGCUCAUUAGCUAACGCCCGUCCUCACACUCCAUUAAACAGACGCCCUCAAAACGUAGAUGGAGAAUUUUAUGUCAAUCAUGAGUGCAUCGACUGUGACGUAUGCAGGUGGAUGGCCCCUGAAAUUUUUGAAAGGAGUGAUGGGCAGUCAGCGGUAUACAAACAACCAACCUCUGCUAAAGAAAGAACAGCAGCUUUGCAGGCUUUGCUAUCUUGUCCAGUGGCAUCCAUACGUACUGAGAAUCCUCCCUCUGAUAUUUUAGAUGUGCAUUUGACUCUGCCUCUUCCUAUUGAUGAGAAGAGUCUCCCAGGUGUCUAUCACUGUGGUUAUCAUUCCAGAAAGUCCUAUGGUGCAACUUCAUACCUAAUCAAGCAUCCAGAGGGGAACAUACUUGUUGACAGUCCAAGCUAUAAAGGAAAACUUGUGCACCAAAUAGAAGCACUUGGUGGGGCUCGCUACAUGUUCCUUACCCACAGAGAUGAUGUGGCUGAUCAUGAUAAAUGGGCAAGGAAGUUAUCUUGUGAACGCAUAUUGCACAAAUAUGAGGUACAAUCUCAUACUGCAGAUGUAGAAAGAAAAAUUGAAGGCCAAGGACAAUGGAGUCUUAGUCCAGACAUUGAUCUUAUUUUUACACCAGGUCAUACAGAGGGCUGCGUCUCACUCUUCUAUAAGCCACUCAAGGCCCUAUUCACAGGGGAUCAUCUUUUUGCUUCAGCCGAUGGUGAAUUGGCCAUUUCAAAAAUUUAUAACUUUUACUCAGUAGAAAAACAACUGGAGAACAUCCAAUCUCUUUUGCAACUGGACUUCGUCUGGAUUUUGCCAGGGCAUGGUAGGAGAAUUGAAUUUAAGAGUAUCAAUGAGAAAAAUGCAGCAAUUGAGAAACUACUCAUGAAAUAUUCUCUUCAGUUAGUCUGACCUUUAUGCUGAAAUCGAGUAAUUUUCAAAGGCACGGCUCUCUUACUGACAAAAAUGUUACAAAGCACGUGAUAUAUUAAUGCAUGUUUAUUUUUAACCAAAGUUUGUUUGCCCCAUAUAUAAAAUAAGGGUCCAACAAGAACAUUCAAAUUGCAUGUUAGUAAAAUUUAUAAACAACAGUAACGUAUGCAUGAGUAUAUUCGACGUUCUGAAUUUGUAUAUUAAUAUGAUUAUGACAUUGUAUAAUAA